UCUGACAGCGCAGUCUGAAAAUUCAAUAUAUUCCACUCAUAACAUUACAGAGGCAAAUCAGGAUAAAAUCUGAUACAAUCAAUUAGAUCGAAGGACCAAACAUGCGAGCGAGAUUUUGGUAGGCUUUCGUUGCUUCACCCUUGUGGAAAAUGUGGAGUUUAUCGCUGGUGUUGGAAUUCAUUCUAAUCAAGUUCAGAUGAUACCAUGAUGACGUGAAUUCCGUAUCUGAUUCGAGGUGUGCCAUGUGUCUGUGAAUUGUUCGGAAAAAUUGGGACAUGGCUACCCCAUCGGACAGUCCAGUGGAGGAGGUAGUUUUUGAAAUAGAGCCGUCCAGAGUACCUAAGCCUGUGCCUGUAGCUUUAGAGGAUCUUUGUAGACUCACCAAGUUCACUAGACAAGAAAUUCGAAUCAUGUACAGAGGAUUCAAAACGGAAUGUCCAGAUGGUGUUGUCCAUGAAGAUUGCUUCAAAGACAUUUAUUCGAAAUUUUUUCCACAUGGAAACUCCAGCUUGUACGCCCAUUACGUGUUCAAGGCCUUUGAUGUUAACUGCAAUGGUGCAAUUAGUUUUAGGGAUUUGUUAAUCACAUUAUCAACCCUUCUUCGAGGCUCGGUGUACGAAAGACUGAGAUGGACAUUCAAACUUUACGAUAUAAAUGGAGAUGGCUGCAUCAGCAGGGCCGAACUAGGUGAAAUAGUGGUAGCCGUUCAUGAACUAAUGGGCAGGAGGGCACAUCAAGUGGAAGAUGACAGGAAAGCCAGAGAACAGAUAGACCGGAUUUUCCGGAAGUUGGAUUUGAAUCAGGACGGCGUGAUCACUAUCGAAGAAUUUAUGGAAUCAUGUCUGAAAGACGAUAUGAUCACCAGGUCUUUGCAGAUAUUCGAUGCGUAACUGUGAUGGUUUUUGUGCAUAUUUGAGUUUCAGAAAUUUAGAGAUAUUAAUGGCAGGCUUUUGGUGCAGAUGAUUCCUCAUAAUAUAAGAUUGAAAAUUUUCGAAUUAAGUUUGUUAUGAACGGUUUUACUGUUGAACGAAUCGCGUUUGAAUUGAAUAGACGCAUAAUGGUGGAUUUCGAAAAUGCACACUUAACAUUGAGCGGUAGAUCGUCAGAAACUAGUAAGAUACUAAUCAAUUCUAAAAUUAUUCAGACAAUGAUUAUUUCCUCCCCAAUAAGUAUCAAGAGUAAGAUAAGAAGAAGAAAUUUAAAUCUUGAAUAGAUACAUUCAUAUGCUCAAAAAUGGAAGAACUAAUUUCACAGAGAUGAG